GUCUUCCGACGUCGAAGCAGCCGCCGCCGCUGCCGAAGUCGAUCUCGACGACGAAAUCGGGGAAUUGAAAAAGAGUCGGCCGGCCAUUCAGGUCCCGAGGAAGAAGAGGAAGACGACGACGAGGAAGAAGAGAAGAACAAACGGGCCCGCGUCGAGUCGAUCGUGUCGACGAUGCGCACCUCGACCCCGGCUGCAAUCAACGGCUGCAAGAAGCGCAAACUCUACCAGCCCCAGCAGCACGGACACAACUUCACCUCCGAGGGAGAGGAGGAGGACGAUGAGACAACGGACGAUCGCAACGAUUCACUUUCAGAGGAACAACACGAACUCAGCAUGGCCCGCGCCCAAGCUUCCUCUCGCUCCAGCUCAGCCCAGCAGGAGCAGCAGCACCAACGGGCCGAGAAAUCCAGCAGCGAGCCGGCCCAGCAGCAGCAGCAGCAGCAAACCCGCCGGCCUGUCCGAGACGACGCCGGCCGCUCGACAUGAUGCAGAUGCAGCAGCAACAGCAGAACGAUCCCAUUCGAUCCCUUCAGGAGCGCAUCGCUUCGCUCCACCAGCAGCGCUUCGCCGCACUCCAGCAGCAGCAGCAGCACCAACGGGCCGAGAAAUCCAGCAGCGAGCCGGCCCAGCAGCAGAAGCAGCAGCAAAUCCGCCGGCCCGUCCAAGACGACGCCAGCCGCUCCCGCAGCGCCCUCCAUCAGCCAAUCAAUUUCGGUAUAUGCGUUCCAAUAUGUCAAACAGCGAAUUGAGUCACGUCUCCCAGGCUCAUGCGGCCUACCUGGACGCCAACCGUCGCAUGCUCAUGGAGCAACAGCAGCAACGCCAGCAAGCGCCUAUCAAAUCCGUCGUCCAGCAGAUGCAGCAGCAACAGCCAUUGCCGACGGCCCAGCAGCCCGUUCUACAAAUGACCAGCACCCCAAAGAAUCCGGUCUCCUCACCCAACAACACGGAACUCAAAGGUUUGGCUGAAAAGUUGAAAUCGGAGUUGGCCUCGUCUUUGGCCCAGUUGGUGGACAACACUCUGUCCCGCUUUGCCGCCGCCCAGCAGCAACAGCAGCGCUCCCGUCAUCACGUCAUCGUCAACAGCCAGAAAUCUUCGGCCAACUCUGUUACCGGCGAAGAAUCUGAAUUGAGCAAAUUGCAACGAGGCCGCGUUAUCGACCGCGGAAUGCAAAACGGCGAUUUGGCCGCCCUCGGUUUGACGUCGACUCCGUUCUUGCGGACGCCCUACGGCCCACUUCCGCAUCAUCUCUCCCCUCAACAGCAGUCUCCCAAUUCCGCUCUAAACCACAUCGUCAACUCCAUUGGAGCUGGAAUCCAUCCGGCUGCCGGUUUGGCCAACAUCGGCCAGCAGUUCACCCAGCAGCAGCAGCAGAAACAGCAACAGAAAGAACAAGACUCCAUCGAGGCCGAUGCCGCUGAACAGAACGAGGCCCUCAGCUUGGUCGCCUCGCCCAAGAAGCGUCGCUUUACCCCUGCCGCCAGCAACAACAACAACAAAACGACGUCGUCCGAGAGGAAUUCGAGUCCGGCGCCUGGACAUCGUGACAACGCCGAAACGCGUCCGUAUUUUGUUUCCUGUUGUCUCUCAAAACAGUCAUGCCCCCCUUUUCCUUUUUUAUGUAUUAAAAGAAAUCAAAACCGGAAAGAAAGGGCAUGUAUUGACUUCACAGAGUGUGUGAAGCAGACGACGCUAGUGAGAGCGUAGGGUCAGUCUGGACAAGCUCGUCCCCGCCUAACGUUGUGCUCUCAACGUCUGUCGAUUACAUCUUCAGGUAAUACACUGUUUCUCCC